AUGAGCGGACCCCACGAAGGCGAAGCUGAGUUGCCGAGAGGGCGUUUGGCUAGGACACCUCCCAGCUCCACUUCAACCUCCGUUUCCAGUGGUGCAGCAUGUGAACAUGAAGAUCGAGCCAGGCGCCGAAGCAUAUCGGUAAAACUUCGGGAAACCAACCAGGCCGGCCAGUAUAUCUUGACGGCCGACGAUGCGGAGCUUCUGCAAGAGGUGUUGAGGGAUAACUUGCUUUUGGAGAAAUCGGGUGCCUCUGCAAAGCGUCCCUUUCUCUUUCGAGACCUACAGUUUACCAGACAGCGAAGUGCCUUUGAUCGCCAGAACCCGUCUUUCUCCUCUUCGCAAUUCCAUGGUUUCUUCACGCUCUUCUGGCUCGGUGUGGCGCUGAUGUUGGUCAAGGUUGCUGCCAACAACUGGAGAACCUAUGGGACUCCGUUCGGCACAACUGAAAUCAUCGAGCUCAUGCUGAGCCGAGAUGUUUUGGUGCUAGGGAUCACCGACUUUAUCUUGUGUUGGUCAACUUUGUUCUGCCUUGGCCUUCAACGGGUGAUUCUUCGAGGAUACUUGGACUGGAGUGGAUUUGGAUGGGUGAUCCAAAAUCUGUACAAAAAGCGAGACUUGCUCAAGGGCCGGCUCAAGCGACUAGAGGGAUAUAGCAGCCACGACUCCGUUUCAAGCAGUCAGUCAUCACCACCGAGUGCUAUCGUUUCGGAAAUUGCAAAUUUGAGAAAGCAGAAUAGACAGCGCAGCUCCACUGAGUUCAAGAGUAUCCAUGCUACUCGCGAUACGGAUCACCUCUUAGUACUAUCGGAGACUAUCGAGAAUGGCACAGCGCUGGGACCGGCUCAAAUGGUGUCACUCAAGGGCCUGCUAACCAAAGAGAUUGAACUAUUAUUCGAGGGACUCCACGGUCAAUUUUCCAAGAACAGCCAGUACCCUCGGAACUUGACCGUUGGCAACUUUUGUGAAUUCAUCACACUGCCUACAUUGGUCUAUGAACUCGAAUACCCACGCACCGAGCGAAUUGACUGGGCUUAUGUUGCGGAAAAGGUUGUAGCCACUUUUGCUACCAUUUUUGUCAUGAUCGUGGUCUCCCAGUACUGGAUCUAUCCCGUGGUCAUGAGAACGCUAGAUAUGAAGGACCAGGGCUUGACGGUGCAGCAGCGACUUCAGGAGUUCCCCUGGGUACUCAGUGACUUGCUGUUCCCUUUUAUGAUGGAGUAUCUGCUAGCAUUCUACGUGAUUUGGGAGUGUGUGCUCAAUGCUUUGGCCGAAAUCACCAGAUUCGCCGAUCGGGGAUUCUACGCCGACUGGUGGAACUCGGUCUCCUGGGACCAAUUUGCCCGCGAUUGGAAUCGACCUGUUCAUAACUUCCUGUUGAGGCACGUUUACCACAGCACCAUCAGCUCCUUCCACCUCUCCCGGGUUUCGGCAAGCUUGGUGACGUUUUUCCUGUCUGCCUGUGUGCAUGAGCUGAUCAUGUUGUGCAUAUUUCGACGUCUGAGGGGAUACUUGUUGUUCCUUCAGAUGACACAGUUACCAUUAGUCUCGCUGAGUCGCACGCGCCUCAUGCGUGGGAGAAGACUUAUGGGAAAUAUCUUCUUUUGGCUGGGGAUUUUCACUGGACCGAGUCUGCUGUGCAGUUUGUAUUUGAUCAUUUAG